AAAGCGGCGAAGAGAGGGUUUUGGGCGAAGUAGUGAAACAAUGAAACGAUAAUAGGAGGGGCGUGAGCGGGCGUAUGUUUGUAUUGUCUUUGUAAGAAGAGUGUGUUUUUGUUGGUCACUCUAAACUCAAAAGGCAUAGCAAGCACAGAUUAAUUCCCUCUUUCAAAUAUUCGUUAAAUAAGCGAACCGUUGCUUCGCUCCCGCCACGCUCAUGGCUCAGCUGCAGAGCCAACAGCAGCAGCAGCCACCCAUUGAUCAUGCCCAGAAGACCAAGACUCUCAUUUGUGCUCUCAACCUUGUCUCCCGUAACCUCCCUCUGCCUCCUGAUCUUUUCAACACCGUUUCUUCCAUCUAUCAUGGCGUCGAAGAUGCUUCCAGUAAUGGCCAUGAAUUUGAGGUCCCUGAUGGGAGUGGGGGUGGAGCCGGAUCUGAAGAGAAACAGGUGGAUGCCCCUGCUGACAAGGUUUUGGAUAAUGCAGGAAAUUCUAGAGAAGAUUUGUUGACGGAUCUUGAAGAUGCACUAUUGAAACAAAGACCAAGUUGUGUGUCGGGUUACAAAUUGAAGGAAGAACGGGAAAGCCGUUAUAAAAGUCAGAUCAAGCAUCGGUUAAAUGAACUUGAAGGAUUGCCUUCAAGCAGGGGAGAGGACCUGCAGACAAAGUGCCUGCUUGAGCUGUAUGCACUGAAGCUAGCAGAGUUACAGAAGAAGGUUCGAUCUGAUGUGAGUGCUGAAUACUGGCUCAAUGUUAAAUGUGCAUAUCCUGACAGGCAGUUGUUUGACUGGGGAAUGAUGCGGUUGCGCCGUCCUAUGUAUGGUGUUGGGGAUCCAUUUGCCAUGGAUGCUGAUGAUCAGUUAAGGAAGAAAAGGGAUGCUGAGAGAUUGUCAAAAUUAGAAGAGGAGGAAAAGAAUCAAAUAGAGACCAGAAAAAGAAAAUUUUUUGCAGAAAUACUUAAUGCUGUCCGUGAGUUCCAAUUACAAAUUCAAGCUUCUUUGAAACGAAGAAAACAGAGAAAUGAUGGUGUUCAGGCAUGGCAUGGAAGGCAAAGACAACGUGCAACACGGGCUGAGAAAUUGAGGUUUCAAGCCUUAAAGGCUGAUGAUCAAGAAGCUUAUAUGAGAAUGGUCAAAGAGAGUAAGAAUGAAAGAUUGACUUUGCUUCUUGAGGAAACAAAUAAGUUGCUUGUAAAUUUGGGAGCAGCUGUUCAGCGUCAAAAGGACUCAAAACAAACAGAUGGCAUUGAACCUUUGGAAGACUCAGAAGCUGAACUACCAGAGUCAGAUGGUUCUAAGAAUGGAAUAUCCAAGGAAUCACCUCCUGAGGAAUAUGCUGAUAUGAUAGAUUCUGAUCAUAAUGGUGACACUAGUGAUUUACUUGAAGGUCAACGGCAAUACCACUCUGCCAUACAUUCAAUUCAAGAAAAGGUAACUGAGCAACCUUCCAUCCUUCAAGGUGGAGAGUUAAGACCAUAUCAGUUAGAAGGGCUUCAGUGGAUGCUUUCUUUGUUCAAUAACAAUCUAAAUGGAAUUUUGGCGGACGAAAUGGGGCUGGGGAAGACAAUACAAACAAUUUCUUUGAUAGCAUAUCUUAUGGAGAACAAGGGUGUGACUGGUCCCCACUUGAUUGUGGCUCCAAAAGCUGUUCUGCCAAAUUGGAUAAAUGAAUUCUCGACAUGGGUUCCAAGCAUUACAACUGUUCUUUAUGAUGGACGGUUGGAUGAGCGAAAAGCAAUGAAGGAGGAAUUGUCAGGAGAGGGGAAGUUUAAUGUUCUGAUAACACACUAUGAUCUUAUAAUGAGAGAUAAGGCAUUUCUCAAGAAAAUUCACUGGUUCUACUUGAUUGUGGAUGAAGGGCAUCGGUUGAAGAAUCAUGAGUGUGCUCUAGCAAGAACGCUUGACUCUGGCUAUCACAUCCAACGUAGACUCCUGCUGACUGGCACCCCUAUUCAGAACAGUUUGCAGGAACUGUGGUCCCUUCUUAAUUUUCUCCUUCCAAACAUUUUUAAUUCAGUUCAAAAUUUUGAGGACUGGUUUAAUGCCCCCUUUGCGGACCGAGUUGAUGUCUCUCUAACAGAUGAAGAACAGCUAUUGAUCAUUCGUCGUCUUCAUCAAGUAAUAAGACCCUUCAUAUUGAGAAGGAAGAAAGAUGAGGUGGAAAAAUAUCUUCCGGGGAAAUCUCAGGUCAUACUCAAAUGUGACAUGUCAUCAUGGCAGAAAGUAUAUUAUCAACAAGUUACUGACUUGGGCAGAGUUGGCUUGGACAAUGGCACUGGGAAAUCCAAGAGUCUACAGAAUUUAACAAUGCAACUCAGAAAGUGUUGUAAUCAUCCCUACCUCUUUGUGGGAGAACAUAAUAUGUGGAACAAGGAUGAGAUAGUCCGAGCAUCAGGGAAGUUUGAACUCCUCGAUCGUUUGCUACCAAAACUUCGCAGAACUGGGCACAGGGUCCUUCUGUUCUCACAAAUGACUCGUCUCAUGGAUAUUCUUGAAAUUUAUCUGCGUCUUCAUGAUUUCAAGUUUCUUAGACUCGAUGGCUCAACAAAAACUGAGGAAAGAGGGACUCUACUGCGACAGUUCAAUGCUCCUGACUCUCCAUAUUUUAUGUUUCUUUUGAGCACCCGUGCUGGAGGCCUUGGUCUAAACUUGCAAACAGCAGAUACUGUCAUAAUUUUUGACAGUGAUUGGAACCCUCAAAUGGAUCAACAAGCUGAGGAUCGAGCUCAUCGCAUUGGACAGAAAAAAGAAGUAAGGGUUUUUGUGCUGGUUAGUGUGGGAUCAAUUGAAGAGGUGAUUUUGGAGCGUGCAAAACAAAAGAUGGGCAUUGAUGCUAAAGUCAUCCAGGCGGGGCUUUUUAACACAACUUCAACAGCUCAGGACAGGAGAGAAAUGUUGGAAGAGAUUAUGCGCAGAGGCACAAGCUCACUUGGGACUGAUGUGCCAAGUGAGAGGGAAAUCAACCGCCUUGCAGCUCGAUCAGAUGAAGAAUUUUGGUUGUUUGAGAGAAUGGAUGAAGAGAGAAGGCAGAAGGAGAACUACAGAUCUCGCCUCAUGGAAGAACAUGAAGUGCCAGAUUGGGUGUAUUCUGCAACAGUGAACAAGGAUGACAAGGUGAAAAGUUCUGCUUUUGGUAGUGUUACUGGAAAGCGGAAAAGAAAAGAAGUGGUUUAUGCUGAUACGUUAAGUGAUCUACAAUGGAUGAAAGCUGUGGAGAAUGGGGAAGACGUGUCAAGACUUCCAGUUAAAGGGAGAAGAAGAGACCACCUGCCACCCGACAGCAACACAAUUGCUGGUGAUAACGUGCAAGCAGAAGAAAGUUUUUCUGAACUACAAAAUGAAAGCUUCUCUAUGGCGAAAGAGAGAUCAAGUGAAGACUCAUUCCAUGUCAACCCUGGUCCUGCCCCAAAAAGACUCAGGCAGGAAGUAAUAAAUACACAGAAACAUGAAUACGAGGGCGUCAGAGGAAGUGUUUUGAAUGAGCAUAUGUUUUCCUGGAAUACCUAUAGAAAGAAAAGAUCAAGCAGUCUUGCUCAGAGCUCAUCGUUAUCUGAUUCCAGGGGGCAAAGUUCAAUGGAAGAGCAAAUUGGAGCUGAUGUGCCAUGGCUACCUAUCUUUACCAUAGCAAUGAAGCUGUGAUUCUGCUUUUAGCCCUAGGAAUUUAUCAGUACUUUUAGCUAGAUGACACUCAAUCAACGAAUGAUCGUUUCCACCAAAUUCAUUCUGGUAUUUGUAAUCUGCCUAUCGGCAUCAAUGUAAAAUCAAUCAAUCUCUGUCCAUGAUCUUAUAGGCACAAAUUUUGGAA